GUGUUUGUGUGUGUGUAGAGGAUGUGUCGGACAUAGAUCCUGGGAGUGCUUCAUGACAGGCUGAUGCAUUGUUAGUGUACUUCAGAGUGGGUGGAGAUGACAGUAAGACAACAAUAUAAAUGAAAUAAAGCAGAGAAGCAGAAGAAAAGGUGUGAAAGAAAGCAUUUACCAGCACUGAGUCAUCAAGGAAGUGCUUUGUUUUGAUAGUGGAAUGAUAUGUUGUCUUAUGAGGGGCUGGAAACGACAUCACGUGUUAGUGAACCAGCGUGGACGAGCAAAGUGAAAAGUGACCCCUAAAAGAGCUUACCCAAAAGAAGUCGUCAUAUAAUAGUUUUGUGAUUGGAUAAUGGAGUGUUUUGUGGUGUACAGUGAGUGAUAUGAGGCAACAAUCCAUGCAAUAUAAGUGAGCAAGGGCAGAAAAGCAAAAUGAAAAGUGACCCCUAAAAGAGCUUACCAAAAAGAAGUCAUCAUAUAAUUGUUUUGUGACUGGAUAAUGGAUUUUUUUGUGAUAUACAGUGAGAUGAGGCAACAAUCCAUGCAAUAUAAGUGAGCAAGGGCAGAAAAGCAAAGUGAAAAGAGAGACCUGCAAAUAAGUGGAAAUGACAAGAGGUGGAAGAGUCAUACCUUACCCAACUCUUAUAUACCCAUUUUUACCCCUUGAUCCAGCGUGACAUCUGGGUUGCCACAGUUUACCCUCCCCAGGCUUCCCCAUAAUAAACAAUGUGGCCAAAACAGUUUACGAUGUCUCAGGCUUUCUACACUGGUCUGCUUGGUGUUCUGUGUGUCUUAAGAAGUCUAUGCCAAGCAGCUGAUAGUGAGCUCUGUGGAGAAGGCCUGACCGGAGAGCAGACUACCAUCACAUGUGCCUGCCUUUCAAAUAAUGAUACGAUGAUUCUCCAAGAUCUCAGGAUAAGCAGCAAUGGCAACAACAACAGGUCCUCCACACUGCCCAACGACACAAUGCUACUGACGGUCGGGGGAUGUCACGCGGUUCACCUCAGCGGCCCGACUCUCACCUCCCUCCUGCACCUCCACACACUGCACCUCCACGAUAUUGACGAGCUUCACGUCUCCUACGACUUUUUCCUGCAAUACGAAACUCAACUCCAGGUCCUAAAGUUGUCCUCCGCUGGUUUCGCUCCCCUCCAAGACUCCCUCAACAUUCACGCACACAAGCUUAGUCACAUUCUCCUGGAUAAGAUCAUUUGGGACGGGGAACUCAAUCUCCUACUGCAGACGAGUGAGGAUGGGCUGCCUGAGGUCCUGGCCAUCACAAACAGCAGGAUUACGAUACUUGGGGAGAUCAACCUGUCUUCGAGAUAUGUGCGCCGACUCGUGCUCCAGAACAACACAAUCAACCUAGUCCUCAGCGCCCUCAUGCAAGACUCCCAGGAAACGCUGAUCGAAAACAACUGCAUCGGUAACCUGAGCUUCCUAUCCCUGGACUCCAACACGCAACACUUCACUCUGCAAGGCAACACCAUCAACUGGCUAGCCCUGAAGAGCCUGAACAUCAACACAACGAACGAGAUAGCGAUCGUAAACAACAAAUUCUUCCACAUCGAGAAGUAUGCGUUAACCUGGCUACGUGUGUCCGACGAAGGGGGUAGUUUGGUGUUCUCGGGAAAUCAUCUUUAUGCGCACGAGGAGGGAAGUCUUGCUUUUUACUCUAAGGUGAUUGAUAAGAACCACCUGAAGAUUGAGAGUAACACAGUGCAUACAGAGACAUGUGACUGUAGCGCCCUGGAAGUGUUAGAUACGAUGACGUCUAGAAUCAGCCUCAAGCAUAAGAGACUUGCGUACGAGCUUUUUGAAGACUCGUCAUUCUGCAGCGACAAAGAUGGCAAAACGACGAAAUUCACAGACGUCUGCGAAACACAUUCUCGACAAAACACAGGACGAGCGUUACUGAUCUUUGCAAUAGUGGCGGUUAGCGUGGUUGGGCUCUCGAUUCUGUUAUUCAGGUCUCGCAAGAGGGAGGUCCCAUACAAAACACUCCAUUUGCUGGACAUUGACGAGUGAACUUAGAACCACAUGUAAGGAAGUAGGAGUACAAAGUGAAAGAUCUUAAGGUCCGUCUUAUCGAACUCUUGGAAGGCUUAAUCCAUCUGUUUUGAAAGCCUCUAUCAGAUGUUGUCGAGGCCUCCGUGAGUAGUUUCCUGAGCCUGGCGGUAGUUUCAUAAGGCUUCCAUAUGGUGAAUGGGAAAAAAAUCAACUCUCUGGCCUUGAUAAACAUUAGUAACAAGAGCAAGAAAAGCCACAAACAUUUAAUACGAGUGUAAGUCCCUUGUAAUCUGAAAGCCACUCCACUGAUGGGCAAACGGACAAAUAUCAUCCAGUCCAUGACAAUCCAACAUAGCUAACUCUCUGGCCUUGAUAAACAUUCAUAACAAGAGAAACAAGAGCCCCAAAUAUUUGACAGUAUGAGUGUAAGUCCCUUGUAAUCUGAAAGCCACUCCACUGAUGGACAGAAGGACAAAUAUCAUCCAGUCCAUGACAACCCAACAUAGCUAACUCUCUGGCCUUGAUAAACAUUCAUAACAAGAGAAACAAGAGCCCCAAAUAUUUGACAGUAUGAGUGUAAGUCCCUUGUAAUCUGAAAGCCACUCCACUGAUGGACAGAAGGACAAAUAUCAUCCAGUCCAUGACAACCCAACAUAGCUAACUCUCUGGCCUUGAUAAACAUUCAUAACAAGAGAAACAAGAGCCCCAAAUAUUUGACAGUAUGAGUGUAAGUCCCUUGUAAUCUGAAAGCCACUCCACUGAUGGGCAGAAGGAUACGCAUCGUCCAAUCUGUGACA